AAGAAGAAAAAAAAACCCCAGCAUAUGAGAAACACGUUUUGGAGUUCAGUUAUAAAACCAAAAGAAAUAUUUUGCAUUUUUUCUCUUUGUAUUCUUUAAUUUUUUUUUUAAAACACUACAUAAAAAUGUCUACUCCUACUAACUUGACUCCCUCUUCUGACUUUGCCUCUACUGACGAGACCCGCGACUUGGCUGCCUCUUUCGCCGCCUCUCUCGGUCAACAAAAGGGUGCCGCUGCUGGUCAAACACAAUCUGGUAGCUUCACUCCUCAUCAAAACGAAGAUGGUAUUUCUGCCAGAGAUUGGGCCUUAUUCCGUGAUCCCGUUCUCCACAAUGAACGUCUUGAAGCCAUUCGUCAAAAGAAGGGUUUCAUUAUUGAUAUGGAUGGUGUUAUUUACCACGGUUCCAACUUGUUGCCUGGUGCCAAGGACUUGGUUAACUUUUUAGAAAAGAACAACAAGAAGUAUCUCUUCUUGACCAAUAACUCUGCCCCCACUCCUCGUGAAUUACAACAAAAAUUACAACGUCUUGGUAUUGAUGUUACUGAAGAUCAUUUCUUCACUUCUGGUCAAGCCACUGCCUACUUCCUUCACUCUCAAAUGCCCGAGGGUGGAACCUGUUACGUUAUUGGUGAACCCGGUCUUGCUUAUGCUCUUUAUGACAAGGGUUUCUUCAUGAACGAUCACAACCCUGAUUACGUCGUUUUAGGUGAAUCUGCUGUUUAUAACUUCGAAAAGUUGACCAAGGCUGUUCAACUCGUCCAACAAGGUGCAAAGUUGAUCUCUACCAACUUGGAUGUCGAGACUCUUGAUUCUCAAGGCCGUAAGAUUCCCGCUACCGGUGCUUUCACCGCUUGUGUCGAAUUAGUUACCAAGACCAAGGCUUUCUUCUGUGGUAAGCCUUCUGCUUUAAUCAUGCGUUAUGCUCAACGUGUUCUCGGUUUAAGUCGUCUGGAAACAUGUAUUAUUGGUGAUCGUAUGGAUACCGAUAUCGUUGCCGGUAUCAGUUCUGAAAUUGAUCCCGUUCUUGUUCUUUCCGGUGUCACUGAAAUGAGUGAUCUUAACCUUUUCGCUUAUCAUCCUUUCGUUAUCUUGGGUGGUGUUUAUGAAAUCCCCAAUGACGAUGAUAAGAACAAGCUUACUGAUAGCGAUCUCGAAGAAGCUAGCAGACGUGCAUCUUAUCUUUAAACUAAUCAACUCACUCCAUCCCCCCCCCCUGUAUAGAAAUUAUUAUUAAAUCCAAAAAAAAUCAAUUGCAUAUAUCUUUUCUUUAAUAAAUAAAAAAUUUACAAAGAAAAAAA